UUCACCUAAAAGCAGACAACAGGAUCGUCCUGCGCUGACGCGGCUGGUCGGCAGGAAGCGGCUGGUGGCGGCGGGGGUCCUGGGGGUCGUUAUGGUACUGGUUUUGGUCAUUCUCAUCCCUGUUCUAGUCAGCUCAGCGGGGACAGCUGCACACUACGAGAUGCUCGGUACUUGUAGGAUGGUGUGUGACCCAUACGGCACCAAAUCUCCAACCAGCACUGCCACAGCCGAUACCGUGCGCGACAACAGCUUAAUGCAGUCUUUACCCACUUUUAUCCAAGGUCCGAAAGGAGAACCGGGCCGUCCGGGUAAGGUAGGGCCAAAGGGAUUGCCAGGUGAACAGGGACCACCCGGUCCAGCCGGCCCACCUGGUGAAAGAGGUGAACCCGGCAGACCCGGUUUACCGGGACCUCCGGGACCGAGCGGUGCUGCCAGUGCUAUUAGCGCGGCCACCUACAGCACCGUACCCAAGAUUGCGUUUUACGCAGGGCUGAAAAAACAGCACGAGGGUUACGAAGUACUCAAGUUUGACGACGUGGUGACCAACCUGGGAAACCACUAUGACCCGACCACUGGAAAGUUCACGUGUUCCAUCCCUGGGAUUUAUUUCUUCGCUUACCACGUCCUGAUGCGCGGAGGGGACGGCACAAGCAUGUGGGCUGAUCUGUGCAAAAACAAUCAGGUACGUGCCAGUGCCAUAGCCCAGGAUGCAGACCAGAACUACGACUAUGCCAGUAACAGUGCUGUUCUGCAUCUAGAGCCAGGAGAUGAGGUCUACAUUAAACUAGAUGGAGGAAAAGCUCACGGAGGCAACAACAACAAGUACAGCACAUUCUCUGGAUUCAUUAUCUACGCUGAUUAAACUAUAAUUACUACAUUUUGGCUUUCAAUUAUUGGCCUUCUGGCUCAGCGCUUCCACAAAUCAUCUUCUUCAAAUGUAAUUUUUUUAAAACUUUUGUGGAGAAACCAAGAGAAAGCUGCAUAAUGUAUUUCCUAUGUUUUGCUAUUCUCAUGAUACUUGUUGAAAGUAUCUCUCGACAGGAAAAUUAAUUGUUUAACUUUUUUUGUAAACAUUUCCUGUCUGUAUACUAUCAUGUCAUAAUUAACACUGACAUGCUUGUUCCAAUAGUAGAACUUGUGGGGUAAUGGUGGUUAGCUCGGGGGUGGAGGGCGUUUCAGGGGUUGGAGGUUUGAAGACAAUUCUGUCAUGAAUCUGACAUCAUCACAGGCAGCAUAUCAACAAAUCCAGCAAACAUUUAAAUCAACAAAGUAAAUGUGGAAAAGAGGAAAUCAAAUAUAAACAUGACAUUAAGAAAGUUGUUUGUGAAAACAACAACUAAGGCCAGUUAAGUCUGCUGAUGCAAAAAUUUUUGAUUUGAUUGUUAGUGUUUUUGGUUUUACAAGUUGGAACCAUUUAAUUGUUUAUAUCUAAAAAAAUUAAAGCAAUUUAAUGGAAAAAUGAAAUGGUAUAUACAGCACAAUCAGAACAAAUAUGAAUGCAAAUGUUUUUGCUCCAUAUACAGAAGAAUAGUAGUUUGUGUUUCACUCCUAGUCACCUUAAAACUCAUGUUUGUCAUGUUAUUUCCCAUUUUUGGACCCAAUAUAAUGCAACACUCAGUUAAAUAUAUACUAUCUGAUAUACCUGGCGAUGGAAAUGUUGAUGUAUAAAUGUAGGAUUGCAUUUACUGGAAGACGUUUGACUCAAAACUUCAUGUCAUGUCCCAGUCUCUCCAGUCUAAUGAGGAGGUCAGUUUGAUGUCUCUGCAUCUAGCAUAGAUCAGUUCUGUCCUUACAGUCUAUACACAAGCUAAAAGCCAGUGGAAAUUGUUUUUUGUUUUUUGUAAUUUUAACAGCAGUUUGUAUGGCUGCUAUUGCUUGUCUGGUGUAGGUGCAGUGACUAUGCACAAACUCUGAAAGGUUUUGCAAUUUCUGAACAGUUUUAACAGUGUACAACUGAUUAGUCUACAAAUGAAGAUGACCGAGACAGCGCAGACAAAUGUUCACAAUUUUAUGUUUAUGCAUUUUGUCUUUUUCAAAGAGAUGCUGGUACUGAUUAGUCAAAUAACAGAUGGUAAAAUGUCAUACAUGAUCUCGAUACACCAUAUUUCACAGUAUAAGUCACUUUAAAAAGCAUGUAGACUACAACAUAUUUUAAUGGGUUGUUGGCUGACAUAUGGACUUGUGUUUGUACCAGCAGAAAUAAUUGCUUGACAACCGUAAUCUUAUCAAAGAAUUGUAUUAAAAACUGGCGAUAUUAGAGGUUCUUUACAUUGAAUAAAGUUUAAAUUAAAGGUGUAAUCAUGAAUAUGUAUAAAAUCGUUUUGUAAAUUGCUUUAAUAUCCUUUCACACUACAUUACUGGCAUGAUAGCCUUAAUGAAAUUAUGGAAUAGACCUUCUCACCAAGGUCUUCUCACCAAGACCUUCUCACCUAAUUCACACAGAAGGUUCUCUGCAUAUUAAGCAUAUGCAGAGAACUUUAGGGGACCUAGAAUAAUUGUUAUUCUGUGUAUCAAUUUCUUUUUCUUUUUUGGUUUGGCUUUUUUUUGCACCAAGGUUUUUUUUUAAAACACAGUGAAAGUAAAUUUAAAAAUAAAAUCACAAACUGUAGGUUUGCAGGUAAAUGUAUGCUGGCAUACUUGACCCAUCAAUGUUCAGCCUGCAAGCAGGGAGUUUUCGGGUGGUUGCGAAUCUCCCUGGAACUUCCUCUUUUGGCUUUAGAGGAAACGUAGGGUGCCCUGGUAACCAUGUUUGCUAAGUCUUAGGCAGUCAGUUCUCAUUCCCAAGGGCGUCAGGCAGCUGUGAUACAACUGCACCUGUGAAGGACCCUGUUGCAUUACAUUUCAAUAAAGAGAGAAUUUGGAAGAAAAGAUUAAACAUGAAAAACUGUGACUGGUCAAUCAAGAGUCUAAUUUUUUUUUUAUGAACUGCCCUGAGAUGAGGUGGAACUGGAAAGGAAGAAGAUGCAUGGUACAUUAUCUAAACGGCAGCAUAAACAGAUCAAAAUGAAAUUCAGAAGGAGUUGCUAAAGACAAACAAACGUGUAAUUUGAAGAUGUCGGCAAUCUAACAAAACAGUAUCUGACACCCUGGAAUAGAAAUGCAUCGGUGCUUGUCGUAUCAUAGCCUCACUAAAGCUGCAUCUUUCUCAAUCAAAUUAAGAUUUUCUGGUCUACCAACUAAUAUCAUAGCCAUAAGUGCUGAACACAACUUAUCAUGGCCUAUUUUCUAACAAAACCUUUGUAUUUAUAUAGCAUGUAAACAAGUGUCAUACAUACCUACAAAUAUUAAUAUGGUGUUAUCAGCAUCAGUGGUAUCCAAGUAUUUAAAAACUGUCAUUUCCUGUGCCUUUGUCCAAGAUCACUUUUCUUUCUAGUGCAGUUUUUACAGUCCCUGAAGUUAGUACAAAUGUGAGUGCAUACUGCUCAUAUGGUAUAUUUGAACUGCAAUGUGAACUGGAACUACUAUGCAGACAUAACAAUAUGACAACAAUACGGUGUCAUGCAAGGACUGUCUGAAAAUGUUGCUCAUACUGGAAUCUUCUGUAAAUGCUGUAUUGAUAUAAUAUGUUCUUUGUUUUCUGGAAGAGUGUAGAUGAAAUGAGAUGCUUAGUUAAUCCUCUUAUUAAUUCAAUAAUUACUUGUUGUAAAGUCAUAGCCUGACCAUUGUAUGUGUGGUAGAUAAAGUGUGUGCAAUAUUAUGAAAACUUUGCACACUCCUCCUGUCUUACAACAGUCCCCUGUGUAGUAUUACUUCAAAAAUAUCUCAAUAAAAUGGAUAGAAAU